ACACCCGCUCUAGGUGGAGGGGGGAGGUUGUCUCAGUCCCUCCCGGCCGCACAAUGACUGACACGGACCAAAGUUAUCCCGGAAUAAUGGCAGCACGCAUGUGCACGGACCCGGAUGUGAUCCGCCCCGCCCGGAGCCUCGUUCCCGCAGCUUACCGGCCCGAGCUGUGCCGAACCGGACCGUGCCGAGCCAGGACAACCCCAAGCGGGUCACAUCGGGGCCAAGCGCACCCCUCCCCCCCCACCAGGACCAGCCGCUAGUGAUAAGGGAGUCACGACAUAGGACUAUAUCGCGAUAGCAAAGAAUUCCGGGAAAAUAUUAGCGAUGCGAUCCUAAUAAGCGGAAUCAGGGGAUGGAUUUCCGUGGGAAGAAGUAUGAGCGGGGCAGCAACUGGUCGGACCCGGAGGUGGUGGAGCUGCUGCAGCUUUGGGGCAAUGAGUCGGUGCAGAUGGAGCUGGAGAGCUGCCUGAGGAACCAGCACGUCUUCAACCGGAUCGCAGACGUCCUGAGGGAGAAGGGGAUCCACCGGACCGGAGAUCAGUGCCGGGAGAAGAUCAAGAAGAUGAAGCUGGAGUACCGCCGACUGAAGGACAACAGUAAGACCCUGCGGGGGGGCCGCGCCUGGAAGUUCUAUGAAGUCAUGGACAGAGUGCUGACCCACCGCCCCACCAUCUCUUAUGGGGCCAUGGCUCCUGGCGGGGUGCUGGGACAGCCGGUGCUGCAGAGUCCGCUCUCCGAUGGGUUCCAUACUCACUUCACCCAGUACAGUCACUCCCAGCAUCCGGAGCUGAUGGAGAUCAAGUGUGAGGAGGUGCAAUCCGACGAGCAAUGUCUGACCCCCGAGCCCCCCACCAUGACCUACAUACACGACUCUGGGGCCGAACAGGAAGAGGAGGAGCAAAGCAUGAUGGACAGGGGGGGCCCCGACUCCCCAAUAUCAAGGGUGGAAGUGACCGGAGAUGCUGCCUCCCCCUCAGGCUUUAGUGAAUCCAACAUGGCCGGCUCAUCGGGGCAGAGCGGUGGGCAGAGGUUCUGGAGGAAGAGGAAGGAUCGGGAGCCACUGAAUGAGUUAAUCUCCCAGAUGCUGAUGGCGCAGAGGGCGUCCGAGGACCGUUUCCUCCAGAUGGAAGAGCGGAGGAUGGAGCAGGAGCAGGAGGCUGAGGAGCGCAGGCUGCGGCUGGAGGAGCGGAGGCUUCAGCUGGACCGCCAGCACGAGCUGCGCAUGUUCUCCAUUUUCGCUCAGAUGUUGGGCAUGAUACGUCAGAAUGGAGGCGGAGAGCCCGUGCCCCCCCCAGAUGCCAACUUCUCUCCGGAGGGGGACAUAGUGAGCAAAGUGGUGACGAGUAAAGUGCAGGAAUCCAUGGUGGGCGACAUCUACAACUGCACCCAGUACGGCAGCCCCUACCUGUCCACCCGCGGCAACAUCCUGUGCGGCUUCAGGGGUUCCUCCGAGGAGGGGUACAGGGCGUACCACGAAGACAAGUACGACGAGGACAAGAACCCCAACGGAAUCAUCAAUUUCGGCACGAGUGAGAAUAAACUCUGCUUCGAUCUGAUGUCUAAGCGGCUGACGCAGAGUGACAUGAAUGUGGUCGAGCCGCCACUGCUGCAGUACCCGGACUGGAAGGGCCACAACUUUUUACGGGAGGAGGUGGCGCGUUUCCUGACCUAUUACUGUAAAGCACCUGCACCUUUAAAUUCUGAAAAUGUUAUUAUCUUGAAUGGAUGCGGCUCCUUGUUCUCUGCCUUGGCUGCCGUACUGUGCGAUCCAGGAGAUGCGAUUCUUAUCGCCACCCCCUUCUAUGGAGGAAUUACGCAGAGUAUUUUUCUGUACAGCGGCAUUAAAUUGAUGUAUGUGCACCUAGAGAGCAAGGUCACGUCUCCAGCUACUCGUCCAUUCCAGCUGACUGUGUCCAAACUGGAAUCAACCCUGCAGACAGCCAAGGAGGAGGGCACUAAUGUAAAGGCCUUAAUCCUGAUAAAUCCACAUAAUCCCCUGGGUGACAUAUACUCGGCUGCUGAAAUGAUGGAGUUUUUAGAGUUUGCUAAAAGGAACUCUCUGCACGUUAUUGUGGAUGAGAUCUAUAUGCUGUCAGUGUUUGAGGAGUCUUUAUCCUUCCAUAGUGUGCUGAGCCUGGACAAGCUUCCUGAUCCUCAGAGGACUCAUGUUAUGUGGGGAAUUAGUAAGGACUUUGCUGUCUCAGGGAUCCGUUUUGGCACGCUGUACUCCCAGAAUCAGGAUGUCUGCAAUGGCGUGGCCUCCCUCUGCUACUUCCAUGGGGUCUGUGGCCCUAUACAAUACAAGAUAGCUCAGCUAAUACGUGAUCGAGACUGGAUUAACCAGGUCUACUUACGGGUCAAUCAUUCCCGCUUGCGGGCGGCCCAGGCGUACGUGGCAGACGAGCUCCGCUCCAUCGGCGUUCCCUUUCUUAACCGCGGUGCAGGAUUCUUCAUCUGGAUUGACUUCCGUAAGUACCUGAGGUCUCCGACCUUUGAGGAAGAAGUCACCCUAUGGAGAGAUUUCCUGGACAAUAAGGUUCUUCUGUCUUGCGGGAAAGCCUUCGAGUGCUCCGAGCCUGGAUGGUUCCGAAUUAUAUUCUCAGACAAGACUCACCGGCUCCAGCUAGGGAUGCAGCGGAUCCGCAAGGUGCUGGAGGGGAGGGAGAAGGAGCUGCUGCACGUAGAAUUGCAAAACCCCAUAGAAGAAGAUGGUAAAGCAGACAGUACGGACGAGGUCAUCUACAUCUCCAGUCACCACGAACCUUCAAGCUCCAACCUGAGCGAUCUCAUCCUUCAGCUCCAGAACCAGAUGCGUUCAUCGGACUGGCUGCAGAGGAACACCGUAGAAAACUUUGCUCAGCAGAACCCGGAGGUUUUCCAAGUGUACAGCAAAUGUGUGGGAAAGCAGUGAGGAUCUGGUGUCCUGUCCAAGUCCCUAUAAACAACAACUUUUGGGGUAACCCCUCCCUGAAGGCGUAUGCCCUAAACUAGAAAUCCCCCCUAAAAGUAAAUGCUUUGAGUUAAAACGUCUGAUAAUGAGUGUGACAAGUGCUUUAAAAAACACAGCCUGUGCUCGGAGAUGUCAGUGCAUCCUUAUUAUCACUUGGAAUGUGUAUAUACCUUUUAGCUGUGGAUGCCUAUUGACAUAUAUUUUCUGGCAUUCACGGCUGCUGGUUAAAAAAAUCACUUUCUAGCCAUCGGCACCCCGACGUUUCGUCAGACCUCGCUGACUUUAUCAAGGGAACCAGGCUAAUAUAGAUUUCAGACUCAUGCUGGAGUCCUAAAUCUCAGACUGCAGCCGGGACACAGACAAGCUCAGCACUGCUCCCUGCCUGCCAAUCAGACAGGCAGGAGCCAGCACUGUGCUCACAGCAUAGCACAGCAGGGCAUACUCCUGACAUACUUUCUAGCCAUCCGCACCCCGACAUUUCGUCAGACCUCGCUGACUUUAUCAAGGGAAUCAGGCUAAUUAGUAUAGUGCAUACCCCUUUGGGGGGGGGUUACCUUUAAGGUUGUUGUUUAUAUCAAGUCCCUGUCACAAGAGCACAAAGUCUACGUCAGAACUGUCUAUAUUGGGAAUCCUCAGUACUGUGAGGGUGUAAGUGCUGGACUGUAUUGGUGCCAGCAUAUAUGCUGCAUGGACCCCAUUGGGAAACCAGUCAAGGAUAAUCCAUCUCCGCCUGUCUACCACUUGCUGCUCCCACAUAAAUUGGUAGUACAAUGGUCCUGCAUAGGUUCCGGGCCCUCGACUUUAUCAGUGGGACCAAAUAAAUGGAAUUGUAACCGAAAAGAAUCUGUAGCACUUAAUGAACUGAAUAUUUUGACAAAUUUUAAUGGGUAAAUUUUUUCGGCAUGACCCUAAACCGGCAUUCAGUCUGUUUGCUUCUUUAUAGAUUUCAUCCGUAUAUAAUAGGAUCUUCAGAAUCAUGAGGUUUCUCUACUGUGAAAAAUACUUUAAAAUGUGUUUUAUAUAUUUCCAAAUAGAAUGUCACAUGAAGGUUCAGUGUGGGCAACAUGAGAAGCUCACCUCCGACUGAACCAGUGAUGAGAAAGGUUAUUGGUAUAUAUGUGUGUGUGUGUGUAUAUAUAUAUAUAUA